AUGGCAACCAAUAGCACACAGAACGAAACUCCUGCCUGGCUGAAUGCCGUGCUCCCUGGCGCUUAUGGCCUCAUUGGCCUAGUCGUUGUUGUGGCCCUGGUCGUCUUGGCCAUUCGGUUUUGGGCCCAUAAGGCCAGACUCAGUGACCCACAAAGGGCACUGAUCGACGAUUUCUUCCAACAAGUUAGGAAGAUUGAAGAGGCCGAAAAGGCCAUGGUCCAGGCCGCUGGCAGGGGCAGCGACGGAGCGACCCGCCUCCCCGUUCUCCACAUCAUUGUGGAGGAGUCUGGUACUUCUACGGCGGAAGCGGAAGCCAAGCUCGAAGACGUCAACUGCGGUAGCUUUGUGAUCCGAUGGGUUCCUGUCCCGCCCAAGUCCAAGAAGGCCAGCACAUUGGCCGAGGUCGUCGGUGCCCUCCGGGGCGGAAAAUAA